AUGCAUUUUUCUAAGUUCUUUGCUGGUAUUGCCAUGGCAUCCGGGGCCUUGGCCGCUCUAAGCCCUCAGCAGAUUGCCGAUGGAAUCAAGUUGAUCACUGCGAAGUCUCAGGCACUUCAAGCUCCCGCUCAGAGCAUUACUUUGCUCAAUGCUCCCCUAAUUACCGUUGGCCAGGGUCCCUUCCCUAAGAUCAUCGCCGGGUUCACCGACAUCACGAGCACGGGAAACACGCUCAUUGCGCAGUUGGCCGGAACCGGGCCGAUCCAGAAGAGGGGCGAGAAAGAGCAUCCCAGGGACCUCGUCGCUCGUGGUCCUGAUGCCGAUCUGGUCUUUGGAGCCUUCCGCGAAUUCGUUGCUGUUCACCAGGCUCUGCUCAACAUUCUUAUCGGCAAAGCUGGACUCCUCGAGAAGGUCCCUGUCAUCGGCCAGCCCGUUGCUACUGCGCUCCGUGGCGUUGAGGGGGUUGUUGAUACUAUCGCUAUUGACCUCAUCGGCCUUCUUCAAAGCCAUGCUCCCGACGUCACCUCUGAUGCCAACUCUCUUGACAACACCCUCCAGCUGACCAUCAGCAAGUAUGAUUCUAUUGGUCUUUAAGGCCAAAUCAACUUCACUUCGCCUAUUACGUCACCUAGAGGAUAGGGCAAAAGAGGGCAAGAAUGUUGUCAAGUCGCAAGAUUAGAAGAAAGGGGCUUUCAAAUUCGCUGUAAUUGUUUUAACACUGGUGUUCAUAUCGACAAGUUGGAAGACGGGUUACGAGUGGAAAUUUUGAUGGAGGAUUCAUUGAGGCUAUCAUACGGUCGUUACUAG